UUGACCUACAAUGAUGUGCAUGUGAACUUCACUCGAGAAGAGUGGGCUUUGCUGGAUCCUUCCCAAAGGAGUCUCUACAAAGAUGUGAUGCUGGAGACGUACAGGAACCUCACUGCUAUAGGUUAUAAUUGGGAAGGUCAUAAUGUUGAAGAGCAUUGUCAAAGUUCUAGAAGACAUUCAAGGUAUGAAAACAGUCAUAGUGGACACAAACCCCCUGAAGAUACUCAAUAUGAUGAAGUCUUUACACAUCACAGGAAUGCCCACACAUAUGAAAGUAUGCAUACUGGUGAGGAUCGCUAUGAAUCAAAACAAUAUGGUAACACUUUUGCAAAUAACAGUUAUCUCCUAAGACAUAAAAGGUCACAUAUAGAGGAGAAACCCCAUAAAUGUAACCAGUGUGGUAAAGCCUUUGCACACAACAGUCAUCUCCUAAGACAUAAAAGAACUCACACGGGAGAGAAACCGCAUGAAUGUGACCAAUGUGGUAAAGCCUUUGCACAGAGGAGUACUCUCCUAUUACAUAACAGAACUCACACUGGAGAAAAACCCUAUGAAUGUAACCAGUGUGGUAAAGCCUUUGCAUACAAGAAUGUUUUCAUAAUUCAUAAAAGAACUCACACUGGAGAGAAACCUUAUAAAUGUAACCAGUGUUGUAAAGCCUUUGCAAAUAACAGUCAUCUCUUAAGACAUAAAAGAUCUCACACUAGAGAGAAACCUUAUGAAUGUAACCAGUGUGGUAAAGCCUUUGCAGAUAACAGUGUUCUUCUAAUACAUAAAAGAACUCACACUGGAGAGAAACCUUAUGAAUGUAACCAGUGCGAUAAAGCCUUUGCACACAACAGUCAUCUCCUAGUACAUAAAAGAACUCACACUGGAGAGAAACCUUAUGAAUGUAACCAGUGUGAUAAAGCCUUUGCACAGAGGAGUGCUCUCCUAUUACAUAACAGAACUCACACUGGAGAAAAACCCCAUGAAUGUAACCAGUGUGGUAAAGCCUUUGCACAUAGUAGUGAUCUCUUAAUACAUAAAAGAAGUCACACUGGAGAGAAACCUUAUGAAUGUAAACAAUGUGGAAAAGCCUUUGCAUGUAAUAGUAAUCUUCAAAAACACAAAAGAACUCACACGGGAGAGAAAUCUUAUGAAUGCAAUGAAUGUGGUAAAGCGUUUUCAACUAAUGGUAAUCUCCAUCUACAUAAAAGAACUCACACGGGAGAGAAACUGCAUGAAUGUGACCAAUGUGGUAAAGCCUUUGCACAGAGGAGUACUCUCCUAUCACAUAACAGAACUCACACUGGAGAAAAACCCUAUGAAUGUAACCAAUGUGGUAAAGCCUUUGCAUACAAGAAUGUUUUCAUAAUUCAUAAAAGAACUCACACUGGAGAGAAACCUUAUAAAUGUAACCAGUGUUGUAAAGCCUUUGCAAAUAACAGUCACCUCGUAAGACAUAAAAGAUCUCACACUAGAGGGAAAACUUAUGAAUGUAACCAGUGUGGUAAAGCCUUUGCAGAAAACAGUACUCUGAUACAGCAUAAAAGAACACACACUGGAGAGAAACCUUAUGAAUGUAACCAGUGUGGUAAAGCCUUUGCACGGAGGAGUGCUCUCCUAUUACAUAACAGAACUCACACUGGAGAAAAACCCUAUGAAUGUAACCAAUGUGGUAAAGCCUUUGCAGCUACCAGUAAUCUCCUAGUACAUAAAAGAACUCACACUAGAGAGAAACCUUAUGAAUGUAACCAAUGUGGUAAAGGCUUUGCAGUGGGAUAUGGGAUCUCUGUGAAAUGGGAAUCACAAGUAUCAUACAUGGUGGCUAAAGCAGGAAGCUCAGAGCUCACAUCCUCAACCUGCAGCAUGAAGCAGAGAGUGGGAAUUACAGAUGCUAUGCAGUUGAAACUAUCAGUCUCACGCCAAGUAACAUACUUCUUCAAGAGUGCUGCUUUUCCUAAACAUUCACAAAUGAUUCCAACAAUGAGGAUUCAUUUCUCUGACUUCAAAACUACAUGUUUGAUUUCUAUUACAUGA